AUGAACUAUAAGUUGGCUGACUUCAUUAGCAAUUACCUCAAUGAAUAGAAACUAUUGACUGACAAGUAUACACGACUAUUCAAUCAGAUCAAACAAGGAGAUAGCAGUUUGAAUAGAACCAGUAGUUCACUUUUAAAUCUGAAAAAGAGGUCUCAAAACUAAGAUUUUUUGUAUAAUUCUAACAAAGAAAAGUCAAAUUGUUAAUAUUGUGGAAAAUAAUAUACGAGCAAACUACCUUUGAGGAACCAUAUUGAGAAGUUUCACCUUCAAGAUAAUUAUACAUCCAAAAAUGAAGUUUCAACAAAAUAAAGCACACCUUAUGAAGAUUAUGAUCAAAGGAAGCAAGAAUAUUCAAGGGGAGAGGAAAGCUCAAAUGAAGCAGAUGAAGAGUUGAGAUAAAAACUACUUAGGAAUGUACAAGCUAUUGAGAGAAGGGAAAAUGGUGGCUAAUAGGUGACUGGGAAAUAAGACCAGGAAUUUAUUAUCAGUGGAUUGGAUUCAGAUUCAAGUUCAGAUGAAUAAUGA